AUGGCAGAAUCAAGACUUCAACAUACAGCUACUACAGAUCAAUCGACUGUUGUAUCCAAUUCAGCUGAUUCAUCGAUGAUAGGGAGCAUUUCUCAUGAGCCAGGUGAUGAGAUCAUUAAUAAAAUGAUCGAGCUCGGUCGGAUUACUACUAAUAAACUCGAACAAUCUAUCGAUACAUACACGACAAAAACGCCUGUUGUUAUUGUUUUAUCGGCAAACAUCGAUCAAUCCGAUUUCAACUUUCAGGACUUAAAUAAACAAUUACAAAAUAUUUCACCAUCAACUGAGUGGUACACAGAUCAAGAUCAAUGCAUUGAUUCUCUAACUAGUGCAAACGACGUUAAUGCUCUGCUAAUACUGUACAACUAUUCUUACGUAGACAUCAUUCCUCUCAUUAAUUUUAUCCCACAAAUUCAUGCGAUCUAUCUGUUUCAUCAUCAACUCAACAAUGAAAACUAUGCCGUCCUUGGAACAAAAAACUUUUUAUCGUUGAAUUCAAGUAUUUCGUUUGAUGAACUUGAUUCAUCAUUUAUGUACACACAGCUAUUCAAAGAAAUCUUGAUGGAAAUGAAGUAUGACAAAAAGAAAGCCAAAGCGGACUUUAUCAAAUUCUGCCGAGACCCAUCAACGAGUGUUGAUUUCAAAUCAAACGAUGUCAAUCAAUUUGAAAAGCAUUAUGACGAAAAUAGUGCCAUUUGGUGGUAUACAAAAGCUAAUUUCCUGUUUUCCAAUGUAAACAAAGCAUUGAGAAACCAGGACAUGAAAGUAUUGAUGAAAAUGGCUUUCUUCCUUCAAGAUCUUCACAAUGAUAUCAAGAAGAGAUGGUUAGAAGAUAAUCAUCGAUCGAAUAUAACUGUUUAUCGUGGACAAGGUCUACCAAGUAGAAAAUUCGAAGAAAUGAAGAAGAGUAAAGGUGCUCUCUUCUCAUUCAAUUGCUUCCUGUCAACGAGCAAGAAUCGACUUGUAGCCAAAAUGUUAGCUGAGAGUGUUCGAUCUCAGAAUGAUACGACAGGAAUUAUCUUCCAAAUAGAAAUCGACCCAACAGUCUCUUCAGCUUCAUUCACAUCUGUAGAAAGGCUUAGCAAUUUUCCAGAAGAACAAGAGAUUCUGUUUUCCAUGCACAGCGUAUUUCGAAUAAGUGACAUGGAAGAAGUAGAAGAACGAUUGUGGCUAGUAAAGUUAAGUGCAACAGAUAAACAUGAUCCUGAUUUGAAUAAUCUCGCAGAUUUUCUGAAAAAAGAAAUCAGUUUUGCCGAAGGGUGGUCUCGAAUGGCAUUAUUCAUGGAAAAGAUAGGAAAUUUUGAUGGUGCUUUGGAAAUCUAUAAUGAUCUCUACGACGCUACUAAUGGCGACGAUCAGCCAUCACAAAUGAUACAACGGAUAGUCCUCGGAGAAUCCAUAGUCAAUUCACAUUUGUUUAAAGGAGAACAUGGUGCAGCACGCGUAUAUUAUGAGCUUUUACUUAACUUUUGGUUUCAACGUUUACCGGCUGAUGAUUUCUUAAUAGGUCUUCUUUACCUCAAAUAUGGAAUGACAUUUGCAUAA